AUGGAUAUCAUCGACCUCGAGUCGUCGGACCCCCGCGGGUCCCGCUCCUCCCACCUGUUUGUUUCCUCGUCGCCUACCCCCACCAGACGGCGGCUUCUGUCCGUCAAGACGCCCACGCCCAAGCUCAACAGAUCUGCAGCCAAAUCGUCUCCCUCGUCUCUCCCCAGCAUCAUCGAAAUCUCCUCCAGCCCGCUCCCUACAAAACGCAAACGGCAGCCAGAAGAGCCGUCGUCGCUGUCGAAUGCAAUUGUGCUUGAAUCGGGCUCAGAGUCCGACUCUGAGCCGGCCAAACGCACAAAAAUAGCCCUUCCCAGCUCCCCGGCCCGCGCUGGCGACGAGUCGGUCCUGGAGCUGGAUCCUGGCUGCCCGUCGGACGAGAUCCAGCUGGGGAGCAUUUUUGACAUAAGCACAAAAACCGCCAUCACCCCCUCGAAACCGAAACAGGCUGCCAGCGCUGGCCCUGUGGCCACGACGGAGGUGUCCGUCGGGGACCUCGACGCGCUGCUGGAGCACGCGAAAAAGUUCAAGAGCAAGGAGCUGAAACAGGUAAACAAGAUGCAGCGGACAAAGGACGAGCUGCUGGCGGAAAUGAGCGUGGAGAUCGAGACGCGCCUGCACGCAAAACUGGCCGAGAUCAACGCAGAUUUCGACAGUUUCCUCGCUCCAAUCAAAGUGGACACGGCGUCUCUGUAUCUCCCGCUUAUCCAGUUCAAAAGACAGGUCGAGGCCGUGUACCACGAGCGAAAAGGGACGUAUGUGCCUGUGGACAAGUAUAUGAAGACAGAGGCGACCGUCGUGCUGUACUACGACGCUGCCGAGCUCGUGGACAAGAUCCGAGACGACACGCUGCGCACGAUCAUUCUCAAGGUGAAGCGGAUGCGCCAGGACGCGAAUGUCGUCCUCAUGAUCAAUGGGUAUGAGCAGCACUUGCAAACGCUGCGCGCACAACAUAACAGGGCGUUUGUGAGCCAGGUGAUGCGGAAAAUGGGCAACGACAAGACGCAGAGGGUGCUGGGCCCCGCCAACAGCGCACUUUCCGCGGAAACGGUGCGCAAAAAACUGGUUGAACUCGAGGUGUUUUUCGGAGUCCACAUUUUCCCCAUCAAGGGUCUGCGGGAGCUCGUGGACUGGAUCAGGUCUUUCAGUUAUACCAUGGCACAAAAGAGCUACGACCCGCACGAAAGAAACCCGGAGCUCGCCAACAUCGGCAAUAUCCGCUGCGGCCAGACGCCCGAAGAGUGCUACCAAGAAUCGCUCAAACAAUUUAAAUACCUAGUUACGUCUUCAGCACGCACGCUCGCGAAGCAAUACCCCACGCUCGUGCGGCUGGCCGAGAAGCUGCAGACCAGGGUGCCGGCGCUCAUCAGGACCGACGUCGAGCAGAACCUCAGAAAAGUGUUCACAAGCACGAAUCCUAACGAGUUGCUCGACUAG